AUGAGCCGGUCGACUACGCUUCUCGCUCUUGCGGCCAUAGGCGCUGGGGCCCUGAAGCUUCAGACUCCUCUCUACUCGUCGUACUCCUUCAACCCUCUGGAGCAUCUGGCCGGUAUUGCUCCCUACUAUGAAUCUUCUGACCCCCCGCGGGAUCCAGUUCCUCCUCAAGGCUGCUCCGUCACUCGAGCGGCAUACCUCGUGCGGCACGCAGCCAUAAAUGCCAACGACUAUGACUACCAAGAGUAUCUGGAGCCGUUUCUCCACAAGCUUGGAAAUGCGACAGCUGACUGGACCAAGAUCCCCCAGCUUGCCUUUCUGGCUACCUGGGAGGCUCCAUCCUUUGGAGAGCAGGAGUUGCUGACGCGGACGGGCAAGGUCGAGGCCGCCCAGCUGGGGCUUUCCAUCUCGUACCGGUAUCCGAAGCUUAGGUUGCCGCAGAGGGUGUGGACCUCGACGGCCGAGCGCACCGUCCAGAGCGCCAGGGGCCUCGUUCGGGGGCUUGAAAUGGAUGACAACACCAUCAACGUGGUCGAGGUCCCAGAGGGCAAGAAGGACGGUGCUGACAGCCUGACUCCAUACAAGAGCUGCAAGGGCUAUGCCGCCGAUGCAGGAUCCAAGCAGCAAAGCCGGUUCAUCGACACGUACACCGCACCCAUCAUCGCUCGUCUCAACGCCCAGGUCCCAGACUUCAACUUCACCUCCCGGGACGUGACGGCGAUGCAAGCAAUGUGCGGCUACGACACCGUGAUUCGCGGCUCCUCGCCCUUUUGCUCCACCGACCUAUUCUCCCCCGACGAGUGGCUGCAGUUCGAGUACGGUCAAGACAUCCAGUAUCAUUACAACACCGGCUACGGCAGCCCCUACUCUGGCGCCAUUGGUUUCCCCUGGGUCAACGCGACGUUGAGCCUGCUCUCCGCAGACCGUGCCAACCAGGAUCUGUACAUAUCCUUUACGCAUCGCGAACUGCCGCCGACUGUCCUCGUCGCCAUGGGCUUGUUCAACAACAGCCAGUUCUCCGGCGGGAACGACGUGAAUGCCACCAUGCCCCUAGACCAGGUCAACUUCCAGCGCGCCUGGAUCUCGAGUCGCAUUCUUCCGUUCCUGGCCAAUAUCGCCAUUGAGCGCAUGAACUGCACCUCCAGCUAUGCCGGCUCAAAUCAGACAAGCAGUAACGGUCCGAUGGCCUCCACUCCCUCGACGUACUAUCGCGUGCUUCUGAACCAAAGCCCCCAGGUCUUGCCUGGGUGUUUUGAUGGGCCGGGUCAGAGUUGCUCGGCCGACGGCUUGCAAAAGUAUUUGCGCGACCGCGCAGACUUAUUUCAAGGCUAUAGUAAACUCUGUGGCAACACAUAUGAAAACUCGACGGAUUUCAUCACAUUCUAUACCAACGCGAACAAUGGGACUGUGGUUGGCAAGAAAAGGGGGUUCGCAGUGUACUAA